UGUGUUUAAUGGCCGUGUGACGUCAGAUCCUCACUCAGUAAAAAUAACACAAGGCAACGAAGCGGCCGCUGGGCUAAAAACAUCGUUAAAACUAUUUGAUCAAUGAAAAAUUUGCCUUAGAACAUCAACGCCAAAAGAAACAAAAACAAAGAUAACUGAGACCCAAAAAAAAACAAUUGCUAAAUAAAUCACUGUACUAAAUAUCAAAGCUAAGAUGGAAAUGGACAUUGAAGAGUUUGAUUUAGAGUCAGGUGGAGACGGUCGGUAUAGAAAUGGAGACGCCUUGUUUGGUAUUCUGGCAGAGCUGCGGCAAGCUGGCAAGUUUUGUGAUGCUGUCAUAAAGGUGAAAAACCAGGCUUACCCAAUUCAUCGCAAUAUAAUGUCAUCAUGCAGCCCUUACUUUAAGUCUUUAUUCACAAGUCAAGCAUUCAGCACCAAGAAAAGAGAAGUGACCAUACCUGGACUCCCUGCUGAAGUCAUUCGUCUUCUCAUAGACUUUGCUUACACCAGAACAGCCAAACUAACACCAGAUAACAUCGAAAUAUUACUUCCUGUUGCGGACCAAUACCAUGUUACAGGUCUGCUGAAGCUGUGCUGUGAAUACCUGCACAAGAGCCUCACCCAUGAGAACUGUCUUGGGAUUUUACGAUUUGCUCAGGCUCACAAUUGCAGAGGACUGGAAAAAGCAGCACUCAGAUUUACAUUAAAAAACUUUGGUCGUGUGUAUACGUUAAGUAAUGAAUAUUUACAGCUCAGUCUUGAUAUGGUAUGCAGUCUACUCUCCUCUCACCAGCUGAAUGUUAGUUGUGAAGAAUAUGUAUUUGACGCUGUCUGUCGAUGGGUCGACUACAACCCGCAGCUCCGUAAGGUCCACAUGCGACGUUUGUUAGCCACAGUGAGGUUGGGGCUCCUCCCUUCAGCAGUCUUUGAGGGGAAAGUUAAGGCUCACAGGCUUGUGAAAAACAAUGUAGAUGUCCAGCCCCUCAUAGCUGACACAGAGGCUUUUUUGGCAGAACUGGACAAAUCCGAAGAACCAGACUUUGACAUGUCAUUACCCUUUGCUCGCCCUAGAGUUCCACAUGAGAUAUUGUUUGUUAUUGGUGGAUGGAGUGGUGGGCGACCAAUCAAAAUGGUGGAGACAUAUGACACACGAGCUGACAGAUGGGUUGUAUGUAAAUCAGAGGACACCAAUCCCAGAGCGUAUCAUGGAGUGGUAGCAAUUGGCUGCCUGAUCUACGUCAUUGGUGGCUUUGAUGCCACAGAAUGUUUCAACAGCUGCCGGGUGUUUGACACCAGGACCAAAGUUUGGUCUGAGAUAGCACCCAUGAACAAUAAAAGAUCCUAUGUGAGUGUGGCGCUACUGGAUGGUAUGAUCUAUGCAAUGGGUGGGUUCGAGGGACCACCCCGCACGCCCAGCGGAGUCAUCUCCUCCCCUCGACUUCGUUCAGCGGAGAGGUUCAACCCUAGCACCAACCAGUGGACUCUGGUCUCCAACAUGAGAGAAAGGAGAAGUGACGCCAGCGCUACAACCUAUCAUGGAGAAAUCUACAUCUGUGGUGGAUUCAAUGGCUCAGAGUGUUUAUGCUCAGCUGAAGUGUAUAACCCCAAAGCUGACCAGUGGACGUUGAUCCCACACAUGUCCAGUCGCAGAAGUGGGGUGGGGGUCAUCACUUACAAUGGUGCAAUUUAUGCUGUAGGUGGCUUUGAUGGGGUGACACGCACCAACACAGCUGAAAGAUAUUCCCCAUCUGACAGGUCCUGGUCACCCAUACCUGACAUGUACAACACCAGAAGUAACUUUGGCAUAGAGGUGAUUGAUGACAUGCUUUUUGUCAUUGGUGGAUUCAAUGGUGAAACAACUAUUUACAAUGUAGAGUGUUACGACAGCCAGUCUAAUGAGUGGUACAAUGCAACAGACAUGAACCUCUACAAAAGCGCCUUGAGUGCUUGCGUUGUCAGAGACCUACCAGAUGUACGAGAUUUUGUCUACAAAAAGGCGGAACCUGAAGAGAAAGACCAGCUGACGGCUUACGCGACAGCGCGAGAUUCUGUGUCAGCAACUGCUCCAGUGGGGGUGCCACCAACAGGGCCCAGCACUCAGUCCAGCCAGGCGGUCUCCACAGCAUCAUCAGUGACAUCAAGCACAGGUUAUUCAUGAUGAUAGCAGGUCCUGUCAGUAGUUAUAUGAGAACCUGUAGUUGUUAGUUUUAGUAGGAGACCCAAUAAAUUAUAUUCAACAGAAA